AACUGCGAGGUACAGUAUACCUCACCACCUCACACGAGGCGGUACCACCGUGAGAUAUGACCUGCGACACAGCUCAGUCUACAAGAACGUCCAGUGCGAGCUGUGCAACAUGUCCUUCUUCUCGCAGAUCGGGCUGAGGCACCACAUGAGGGUGCACACCGGGGAGCGACCCUACAACUGCGAGCUGUGCUCGCAGCCAUACAGCUACAAGCACGACUUCAACCGCCACUGCCUCAAGAAGCACGGGGUCUUCCUCAAGCGGCGCUCGGUCAACGUGAUGAACGCAGAGGUGCUGGUUCGCGAGCGCUUGCUGAUGCGCGAGCUGGUGGCGGCGGCGCGCUCCGGGGCCAUGGGUCCUCCGCCGGCGGUCUUCGUCGGCAAACAGGGUGCGCUGGCCUACGAGCUUGCCAUCCGCACUCUACGCAAGAACCCGCUGCUGCUCGCGCCGCACUCUUGAUGACAAAUCAUAAUACGACCACUAAUACAAGUGAUGUGAACAUUUGACUCAUUUGAGGGCACACAUUUAAGUACGUAAGCUCCACUAGGGGUCGGCAAACCACGGUAUACAGUCACAGGUAAACUAGGAACCUUUGUAGUUUCGCUAUUGCCGUCUGUCCGUCCGCGGCUUUGCUCCGUAUUCGCAAGUGCUAGAAAUUUGAAAUUUAGCAUAGAUCAAUCAUACAGACGAAGUGGUAAAAGAAAAACCUGAAAAAUGUAGGGGCAUUCCCCUACAUUUUUCCUAAAUAACCAUUUAGGGGAUUAAAAUUUAAGCAAUUUCUCGACUUCGAUGGCUCUUUUAAAUCCCCGUAUCGUGAUUUUUACUGUGCUUGGGUCUUGAGUUACCAACUUCUGAGCUGGAAUUGAAACAUUUUAACCCUGGCCUAAUGCGAAAUCAUAAAUAAUAGUGACUGAGAGUUUCAUGGAACAUAACACAAAUACAUAAUGUUGUUGCAUAAUCUUUAAUUUUAUUGUUAAACACCCAUAAAACUUUUUUAUGUGUAAAUAAACCCGUUGAUUCUUA